ACUGGUCACAUUGAAAUAGCUUAGUAAACACCGGAUCGUCACGAGGAUAGGUGCAUGAUCGCGUCUAGAUAUGUGGCAGAACAAGACGAAUAGGGUUUUCCAAUUUUGCAUCACCACGUGAACAAGAUUCAUCCUGGUCUGAAUGUCGACUGUGUUGCUUAUGCAAGAAACUGUUGAACUCAUAUAGCAGACAAAUGUACGUUUGCUGUUACGUUGCCAGUUGUGCGGUGAUUUAUACGAAUCUAAGGAAGAUUUCAAGUCUUUCGUAGAACUUAAACAGUGAACGAUAAGAAUAAGGGACUCAUUGGAUACGUGUCGUGUCGUACAUCAAGAUAUCAUCAGGAUAUUGAGUUAACCAUGUUGAUGGAAAAGCAAUUCGGCAGGAUUGCGUACGGAUCUGAUGCCUCUAAUUGAUUCGGGUCUGAAGAAGCUACAGGAACCAAGAACUUGCACCGACGAAUCAAUAAUCGUAUACCGAUGGAGUCAGUUUAUUGGGUAACUAGUCGUAACAAGUCUGGUGCGAAAAUGGAGAUUAGCAUCUCGAGUGUUGAGAGCUAUUCCACAAAAGAUGAGACAACGGAUAGUCGACAGACCAUGUCACCUUCUUCAUCAUCUAUGCGGAACGUUAGGAAUAAUAUAAGCUUGGGAAUUUCAACAAUCGUCGCAACAUCGACAUCGACAUCGCAGGAAUCGUCCGUCAACGUUACCUCCAGCAUUCAGCUUUGUCCUAGCAAACGAGCCUGCGAAAAUGAUGUGUCCUCAGUAGAUUCGACCACCGAUAGUCAAAACCCUCUAGCAGUAAAACGUCAGAAAGGUUGGUACUCCACAAUCAAGGGACGACAACCGAUCAAGCGAACGUAUAAGUCUACGUCUACUCAAACCGAAUAAUCUUUUUUUUCUUUUUUUUAAAAUUAAAGACUAAUAUAUUAUUAUGUAUGCUUGCGAAUAUGUAUAAGAUUGCGAA